AUGGAGGAAGAAGAAUAUGAGGAAGUUGUGGAGUACUACAUUGAGGAGACAGUUAUUGAGGAGGGUGAGCCACACGAGGUGGUGACUGAGAUCACCGAGACCAUUAGCACAGACUACUCKGGCCCUGAGACCACCAGCAUCACCUACACAGAGGAGCACACCCCGCCCUCGGCGGAGGAUGGAGCUGCUCCGGUCAGGAAGAAGACGAUCCGGACYAAAGUGGACCCAUCCAAAUUUCUGACACCUUACCUGGAACACAGCAAUAAAAUGAAGGACCUAUUCAGCGAGAACAAGUACAAAGAAAAAUUCAGAAAAGAAAAAGGAAAGCCAUAUGCUUCCACAAUCGAUACCCCAGAAAUUCGGAGGAUCAAGAAAGUGCAAGACCAGCUCAGUGAGAAAGAGAAAACCAUUUUGCUGUAG